UUUUCAUGUACAAAUAGGAAUCUCACGUUAAAAUAAACUCCGUUACGCCUACCUCUCUCUCUCUGGGGAAUUUUAGAGCCCUUUCUUUGUAAUGAUUGAGAAAGAUGAAUACUAUUUUGAUAUUUGACCAAGGAGUUAAACACAAAUAUUAUUGAUGACAGUCUCUGAAUUAGAAAGUGUCCUGAAUAUUGGAAUGAUUGAAGGUAGAUUAAAAAAAGGGAAGGCAGGAGUGUGAAUGUGAAAAAAAGGGAAGGGCAGAGUUGGUAUUUGGAAUGUAUUUAAGGGAGAAGGUUAUGGGUUAUGGGUUAUGGGUUAUGGGGGUGAGAGAAUUAAUUAAGAUGGGAUUUCCAGUGGGGUACACAGAGCUAGUGUUGCCCAAGGUGUUAGUGCAGGCGCUAUCCGUGUUGGGCUUCAUGAGGAAGCUCAUAACCCUCCUCUUCUGCUACAUGGGCCUCCUGCAGGCCGACAUUGCGUGGCCCCAGUACCAGUAUCAAUCCAUUCUGCCGGUGCUCAAGUUCUCGGAGGCGGAGGCGGAGGAGAGUUGCGCGGUCUGCUUGUUCGACUUCCAGGGAGAGGAGGAGAUCAGACGGCUGCCCAACUGCCGGCACAUAUUCCACAGAGGCUGUCUGGACCGUUGGAUGGGAUACCAUCAAAGAACGUGCCCCCUCUGCCGGACACCCUUCAUACCCCACCCUAUGGCUAUGGCUAUGCAACCUCCUUCACAUUUCUAUCAUUAAGCCCAUGCCCAAUGCCCAUCCUCUUCUUCACCAAUCUCUAUGUGUAAAUAACUAUAUAUUAUACAACCCAUUUCGGAUCUCUUUUUCCUUUCCCAUUUAUUAUUUAUUAUUCA